AGCUCCGCCACAACAGAUGGAUCGCUCGCGCUCUCCUCCUCCCUCCACCACCACCACCACCACCGCCUCCUGGAUGCACGAGCCCCAGUGAUUGUUCCAACUGCAGGAGAGCGAGCGAGUUGACCGAGGAGUUUUAAACCCUUUUUUGAACGGAAAGUCGAGCCGCCGUUGACGGGAGGAGAAGGAGAACGAGGAGGACCGGAGAGCUUGCGUCCCCGGGUUUGGUGAGCCGAAAUAGGAGCUCCAAAAGUGGGCAGGAAUCAGACAGAGGCGUCCAUGUAGCUAACUCCUCUCAUGCUGACUGAGAAUGGAUAACGCACAGUGUGGGGUUCAGAUCGGAGAGAACAAGUUCAUCAGCAAGGUAACAGUCCUCUCACAUCUCAAGACGUACAACCUCUACUAUGAAGGACAGAAUCUGCAGCUCAGACACAGAGAAGAAGAGGGGGAGUUGAUCUUUGAGGGCUUGCUCAAUAUAUUCUGGGGCCUGCGGCGACCAAUCAGGCUUCAGAUGCAGGAUGACCAUGAGCGAAUCCGACCACCCCCCUCCUCCACGUCCUGGCACUCAGGUUGCAAUCUGGACAGUCAAGGUUCCCCCAACAGCACAGAUGGUCAACAGGCGACACAGCAGAGCCCGCCCUCAGUGGAAGUGACGCCACCUGACAGCCAACCAGAGGACAACGGUGUGAUGGAAGAACAGGCAGAAGAAGAGGACAAUGAGAGCUCCACUCAGCUCCUCAGGACGAAGAGUGAUGCAGGGGUCUUGAGACGGGGCCAGCGACGGUCACCGAGCGACCAGAGGAAAAUUCGACGUCAUCGCUUCUCCAUCAACGGACACUUCUACAACCACAAGACAGCAGUGUUUACUCCUGCUUAUGGAUCAGUGACUAAUGUUCGGAUUAACAGCUGCAUGACAACACCUCAGGUGCUGCGAGUUCUCCUUAACAAGUUUAAAAUUGAAAACAGCCCGGAUGAUUUUGCGAUCUACCUUGUCCAUGCAAGUGGAGAGCGUGUGAAACUGAAGCGUAGUGACUAUCCUCUGGUGCUGAGAGUGAUGCAGGGUCCAUGCGAACAGGUCUGCAAGGUUUUCCUCAUGGAAGAAGACCUUGGAGAAGAAGUCACAUAUGAUGUGGCGCAGUAUAUCAAGUUUGAAAUGCCUGUCCUGAGGAGUUUUAUUACCAAACUGAAGGAGGAGGAGGACAGAGAAGUGCAGAAACUCAGGAGAAGGUAUACUUACCUGCGGUGUAUAAUUGAGAAGCAGCUCAACUGUCUUCCAGAGGGUGCGACAUGUAUGUGAUGUGCCCAUUGAACAGUCAAAACAUCACCCAGUGUACCACAUCCUCCAUCCAGCUGUGACCAACAGAGAGACCAAGAAUCAGCUGACAUGUGUAUGUUUCAGCGUUCAUCCUGCUUAUCAAAUCAUCCAUUUAGCACAGACAGAAGUUAAACAUGCUCGACUGUGUGCAUGUUAAGUGUGACCAUCUCAGCUGUAGGCUUUAGAUUCAUGUCGGCUACCAAAGCCUGGUUAUGAGUCACAAACACUUUAUAUUUCCCUGUUUCUCUCUUCAGCCAAGUCACCAGAAUGAAAUGUCGGCAUUGUAUGCUUCCGCAAACCACACCUACACUGAAUUUGUAUCUUUCAUACAUAUCCUAUCCACAUUUGUAUAAAACGUGCCAAGAGACCACUGUAUCAACAAAACCAGGCAUUUUAAGGUAAAGCACAAUCUUAUCCUAACCCUGACCAAGUGGUUUUAGUUCCUGUACCUAAUCAGACUUUAUCCAUAGCAUUGUCACAACAUGAAGAUGAAAAUCGAAAAGUUAGGUGGAUAUGAUAGGUAUUAAAUGUACAUAACAGAAACAAAAGAAAGUCAUUAAAAGUAGUUCCAGUAAUGCCAACAUUUAUUCUGGUGAUUGGGUUCUUUUCUUCGUCAUCACAUGGAAACGCACAGAAAGACAUUCCUCUACUGAGCAAUUUCAUCCUUUUAACAGUGCAGUACUUUGCAGAAUGAGCCUAAAAUGAGACGUCCUAUGUUCUGUCUACUCCUUGGAUUGCAAGCUGAUACCCAAAAUCAAUUUAAAGCACAAACAUCAUAUAUUAUGGUCUUAGUCAAGUGCCUGUUAAAGGAUUUCUCCAAGCACAAAAACACAGAGGACAAACUGAACCACAACAGACCACAAUGUUUCAGUCAAUGUGAAAACGACCAGACCACAAAGGAACAGUCCCACAUCGCACUGUGUGCCUUUAUGUUCCUCACUGGUACCCUAUGGAGUUUUGAUCACUAAUACUGCUAUCAAACAGUGUUUUCACUAAUGGGUCGCCAUAUUUGUUUGUUCUGAAACAUGCGCACAACCACACAAGUUGCGGUAACUUACCAAGAUAUGCAGCAAGGCAGGGAAGAACAUUGCUAACAAGUAGAAAUGAAAGUGAACAAUGCAGUUUUUCGAAAUUAUCAAAAAAUAUGCUUUACAUUUGUUUUGUAAGGAAUCAAACUGAACCUUGGUUUGUUUACUAGAAAAAUCCACAGGGCACCAUUAAAUAAUUUGAUUGACCCUCUCCAAGUCAUCGCAGCUGAGAAGUUCACCGCAGGGAUUAUUAAGGGCCUAUGAACAGAUAAUCUGUUUAUGUCAUGACCGUAAAUCUGUUGGUGGUCUGAUUGGGACAAGCUUCUCCUUAGACUCAUUCAGAUUGAAUGUUACAGAUAUUUUAUGAUUGAGCUUCUGGGAAUAGUUUGACAUUUUGAGAAAAACCCCACUCAGUUAGAUGUUAUCUGUUUGUUAACUAUGUGACUCUAUUGCCAGCAGCUGGUUAGCUUAGCGCAGCACAAAGACAGGUGGAAACUGCUAGAUUCUGUCAAGGGGUAACAAGAUUCACCUACCAGCACUGGUCAAGCCCAGUAAUUAGCAUUUUGUAUUUAAUUUGUUUGAAUCAAACACUAAAUAAGUUGAGACAAGGUUUGGCACACAACCCAUCAUAAAACAGUGAUUAGUCAUUUUUAUGCUUUUAUGGUUUUUGUACAGAUUAAACAGGAAAAAACACAGUAAUUAGUGAGCUUUAGUGCUUGUAGGUGGAUUUUGUUUUCUUGUUAAGGUGUUUCUCCCUGUAUCCAGUCUUUAUGCUAAAUUAAGAUAACCAGCUGUUAGCUUUAGCUUUAUAUCUGCCAGUUGUGAAGAGGGCUACUGAUAUUCUGAUCAAACUCUCUGCAACAAUUAAACAAUAACAAAAUAAGAACAAUGCUUUUAUCCCCCAAAAGUCAAACUAUUCCUUUUUAAAGAACAAAAAAAAUCCAGCGUGAAAAAAAAACGUAGCAUUUUUCAGCCCCAUUUCUUUCCUGGUCGAUUGUCCUCUCUUUGCAUCACUGCCUUAUGUAAAAUGGCAAAAAGAUGUCAUGUUAAUGUUUUAAAAGCACAGGAAUAUUUCAGCGUAUUUCUCCACACAAUGACUUCCGGAUUGAUUAUAUAUUUGACUGACUGUACAAAAACACAAAAAUGAUUUUACGUGCAACAGUUUACGACGCAAGAAGCACAACAGACGACUGUGAAUCACGCCGAUGAUCUUUGAUGGUAGAAUGUUGUAAAUGUUUGAAUGAGAAUUUAAAGGCAACACAGUUUUGCCCCCACAUGUACAGCGCUCCGCAUACGUCUGCUUUUGUCCGUGUGUGUUCAAUAUCUCUAACAUUGUUGAAAAGGUCAUCAAGUGAGUGUGUAUGAUCCAGAGUGUGCAUGUUGUAUUUUUAGUGUCUCUUAAGACUUGCCUGCUUUUGUAUCGUGUCUUUUACAAAAAAAUAAUGAAGAACAUUUAGUCUUUAAGAUGUUAAGAACUCAUGCCACUUCUUGGGAAAUGUAGAGUUUUUUUCUUACAAUGAUUGUUAUUUAAUAAUAAAAAAAAACAAGUUAUGUUGAGAAAAGA